ACAAGACCAGGAAAUGAGCUUCAAAAACGAAGUCUGGUUUUGGCCGCUUGAUAUUAACACAGUCAGUGUAGCCCCUCAGUAUCCCAUAAGGCUUUGCAGUACAUCCAGCUACGGAAUCGGACUGUGGCAAAGGAAUUGCACUACGGCCGGGGGCAAAUGUUGUCUGUGUCCGGCGAGGGAUUGCUUGUAAACUCUGCUUAGCGUUUUCUGCUAAUGUUGGCGUGGAUCAGAUGGAUGACGCUGAGAAUAUAUAUGGUCUGAAGUUCAGUAUCUUUUGUGGUGGUGAUUGAAAGAAGGAAGAAAUUGGCCUCCCAUUGGUGGCCAUUUUUUAAAGGAAGAUUUUAAACUGGACAAGGCGUUCAUAUAUUGAUUUUUAUUAAAAUGAUUUGAGUUUCAGGCCUAAAAUAUCUACCACAGAAUACGUUUAUUUGGGCUUUCUUUCCAUAAAGACUGCAGCAAGACCUUAAUUUGUGUGUAUGCAUUGGAAGGAAAAACGCUGAUUAAAGACCAGUUUUGUCUAUCACUUUUAACUUUGAUGUUUAUGGCCAGUAUUAUAUAUAAAGAGGCAUUUUUUUAACCAAAGAUUAAGAGAACCAUUGGGAUUUUAAAUGUAUGUGUGGCAGAAUCUUGAUUGGAUCAACUCCCAAAACCUUGAGUCAUAAAGGACAGAGAAACGUUUGCAUGAUAGUCAGAAAUAGAACCCACUUAGGUGUUUACCAGACAACAAGACCCAAGCAACCAUAAGUGGGGGGUUUACUAUACAAAAUCCUCCUAUAAGACUAAGUCACUGACAGACUGUGAAUUGAUGGGAUUACGGCCCUACUGGAUUUAUUCUCAGCGGCAACAAGCAGCACCUGCUUGACUGAACCCGACUACAUCCAGGCCACUGUGCACAGCUUGCUGGAUUGCUCCUGAUAUAUUCUCCGCAUUGCAAUUCUUUUUCACCUAUUUUCUUUCUGGGACACAUCUAGGAUUAUAAAAAUAAGACCUUUACCACAUCGCAGUAAACUGAAAAUUAACCUGGUUCUGCAAUUCAGACUCAAUCUGGGGAGAAGGGGAGAACAAAAUCCUCUCGGCUGCCCCAGUGAAACGGUUGGGAAGACGCGAAAUGUGUUUGAGUGAAUGAACAAAUUUGUGUGCGAUGCAGAGACGACAAAGCACAGCGAGAGCCAACGCCGGCGAAGCUCUGGAGCCUUGACAACUGAGAAAAGGCUAAAUACAGAGUUGUCAAUCAAGAAGCAAGUAAUUGAGCAUUGAGCCGCUGCGUGAGCGAGCUGCGUUCGUGGUCAUGGCUUUGGCUCAGCAGCUGGUCAAGCCGGUGGGAUGUUCGGAUGUGCAGGAGGAUUAGACGCAGACUUGCGAGUUGGACUGGCCUGGGACCAUGCUGGAGGGACAGUAGGCUCAUCCUCUGGGUCACUCUGAAAUUUGUUUUCCCUGGCUGGCUGCUUUGAAUGAUCAAAUACGAGAGCCACAGCGACGAGACUGCGGUCUGGCUGCUGCUGACGGACGGUUUGCCGCUGCCUCCCAAAGAACUUGUCUUCCUCGCGCUUUAGCGACCGCAGGUCGAAGGGUAGCAGGUAUGGAAAGACGCUGCUGCUGAUGUUGCCUUUUCUUAAAAACUAAAAAAAAAACGAAAAAAUUCAGUUAUUUUUCAAACAACAACCCUUAAAAGGGCAGCGGGCGGGUGCAUGUCAGGAUCCGCGGGGCUGCAGAAUGAAGCUGAAGAAACAAGUGACUGUGUGCGGCGGGGCUAUAUUCUGUGUGGCCGUCUUCUCGCUCUAUCUGAUGCUGGAUCGCGUCCAGCAUGACCCAGCUCGGAGGCAGGGUGCUGGCAACUUCCCCAGGAGCCAGAUCUCCGUGUUGCAGAACCGCAUAGAGCAGCUCGAGCAGCUCCUGGAGGAGAACCACCAGAUCAUCAGCCACAUCAAAGACUCGGUGCUGGAGCUGAGCGACGCGGGCGCUGUUGCGCCCAGCGGCCAGCUGCCCUUCCGCAGCGCCAAUGGCUCCUGGGUGCUGCCCUUCGACGGGCGCCCCACCUUCCUCUCCGUCCUGCCGCAGGACUGCCAGUUCUCCCAGAGCAGGCGUGGUCGGACCGACCUGCAGAUGCUGGACGUGUACUCACUGUUGAACUUCGACAACGUGGACGGUGGAGUGUGGAAGCAAGGCUUCGAGAUCACCUACGACCCGGGGGAGUGGGACAGCGAGCCUCUGCAGGUGUUCGUGGUUCCGCAUUCGCACAAUGAUCCAGGCUGGGUAAAAACAUUCGACAAGUAUUACACGGACCAGACCCAGCACAUCUUGAACAACAUGGUGGUGAAGCUGCAGGAGGACCCGCGGCGCAAGUUCAUCUGGUCCGAGAUCUCCUUCUUCACCAAGUGGUGGGAGAGCGUGGACGUACACAAGCAGGAAGCCAUGCGCAAGCUAAUCCUCGGAGGCCAGCUGGAGAUGGUGACAGGAGGUUGGGUGAUGACGGAUGAGGCCAAUGCGCACUACUUUGCCAUGAUUGACCAGCUCAUCGAAGGCCAUCAGUGGCUGGAGAAACAUAUAGGCGUGACCCCUCGCUCCGGGUGGGCCGUGGACCCCUUCGGCCACAGCGCCACCAUGCCCUACCUGCUGAAGAGGGCCAACGUGACCAGCAUGCUGAUCCAGAGAGUGCACUACUCCAUCAAGAAGCACUUCUCCUCCACGCGCAGUCUGGAGUUCAUGUGGAGGCAAGCCUGGGAUCCGGAGGCUGGCACGGAUAUCUUCUGCCACAUGAUGCCCUUCUACAGCUACGACGUGCCCCACACCUGCGGGCCGGAUCCAAAGAUUUGCUGCCAGUUUGAUUUUAAGAGGCUGCCGGGCGGCAGGGUUAACUGUCCGUGGAAAGUUCCGCCUCGCUCCAUUGUGGAGGCCAAUGUGGCCGAGAGGGCACAGCUCCUCCUGGACCAGUACCGCAAGAAGUCCAAGCUGUUCCGCAGCAAAGUGGUCCUGGUUCCGCUGGGAGAUGAUUUCCGCUACGACAAGGCCCUGGAGUGGGACCAGCAGUACCUAAACUACCAGCGACUGUUUGACUACAUGAACUCUCAUCCGGAGAUGCACGUGCACGCCCAGUUUGGUACGCUCACAGACUACUUCGACGCCGUCUACAAGACGAACGGAGUUGCGUGGGGAGCCAGGCCUCCGGGCUACCCUGUCCUGAGCGGGGACUUCUUUGCGUACGCCGACCGAGAGGAUCACUACUGGAGCGGGUACUACACCUCCCGCCCCUUCUACAAGAACCUGGACCGCGUGCUGGAGUCCCACCUCAGGGGUGCGGAGAUCCUCUACAGCCUGGCCGUCGCCCACGCCCGCCACGCGGGCAUGGAGGGCCGCUACCCCGUCUCGGACUACGCCCUGCUGACCGACGCCCGGCGCGAAGUGGGCCUCUUCCAGCACCACGACGCCAUCGCCGGCACCGCCAAGGAGGUUGUCGUCAUCGACUACGGCUCCAGGUUAUUACGCUCCCUCGUUGGUCUAAAGAAAGUGAUCAUAAACGCGGCCCACUUCCUCAUAUUGAAGAGCAAAGACGUUUACCGCUUCUACAUGUCGGAACCUUUCCUGGAAACGGAUGACAGGCGGCCGACGCAAGAUUCCCUGCCCCAGCGCACUGUAAUUGAGCUGGAUAACUCCCCCAGGUAUGUGGUGCUGUUUAACCCGGUGGAGCAGGAGCGGCUGUGCCUGGUGACGGUGCUGGUGAACACGGCGCGGGUUCGAGUGCUGACGGAGGACGGGCAGACCGUCCCCGUGCAGCUGAGCGCCCAGUGGAGCUCGGCCAGCGAGAUGAGCAAGGAGGCCUACCAGGCCUCCUUCAUGGCCCGGCUGCCGGCCCUGGGCCUGGCCGUGUUCCACCUGUACGACUCCUCGGACUCGCCCAUGACGCUGCGCUCCGACACCCUGCUGCGGCUGAGCGGGCGGGGCGUGGCGGCCCGGGGGGUGGACCCCCUCCCGCUGCGCACGCAGGCCUCGGACACGCGCAGCUUCUACAUCCACAGCCAGGCCCUCACGCUGGGCUUCUCCGGCACCACGGGCCUCCUCCAGACCAUCCGGCGUAAGGAGGACUCGCAGGAGACGAUGGUGCACAUGGAGUUCCUCAUUUACGGAACGCGCCCCUCCAAGGACAAGAGCGGGGCUUACCUGUUCCUGCCGGACGGAAAAGCUAAGCCUUACAGUCAGAGAGAGCCCCCAGUGGUCAGAGUGGUGGAGGGCCCCCUCUUCUCUGAGGUGGUUGCCCACUACCAGCAUUUCACACAGACCAUCCGCAUUCACAACGUGCCAGGGGUGGACGGCCUCUCUGUGGACGUGACCACCAUGGUGGACAUCAGGGAUCAGGCCAACAAGGAGCUGGCCAUGCGUCUCGUCACGGACAUCCAGAGCAAGAGCACCUUCUUCACGGACCUCAACGGUUUCCAGAUCCAACCGCGGCGCUACUUAAAGAAGCUCCCCCUACAGGCCAACUUCUACCCCAUGCCCACCAUGGCGUACAUCCAGGACAGCCAGUCCCGCCUCACCCUGCACACGGCCCAGGCCUUAGGGGUGUCCAGUCUGGAGAACGGUCAACUGGAGGUGAUCCUGGACCGGCGCCUGAUGCAGGACGAUAACCGCGGUCUGGGACAGGGUCUGAAGGACAACAAGCGGACGGCCAACCGCUUCCGCAUCCUGCUGGAGAGGAGGUCCGGCGCCGGCAAGCAUGGCUUUUUUUCCAAAGUUUCGUCUCUCUUUCACUCUAUCACCUCGUACGUCUUCGGAGGCGAAGCUGAAGAGGCAGUGGACGCAGAGCCGGUCAGCUUCCCGUCGCUGCUGAGUCACAUGACCUCGGCCAUCCUGAACCACGAGGUGCUGGCCCUGCCCGUGUUGCCGAAGAGGCGCGGCGUGCCCCCCCUCCGCUCCUUCGCCCCCCUGUCGGGCGCCCUGCCCUGCGACUUCCACCUGCUGAACCUGCGCAGUAUCCAGAGCCAGGAUGAGCUCUCUCCCUCCGCUUACUCCGCCCUCAUCCUGCACCGCAAAGGCCUGGACUGUGGCCUGGAGACCCCCAACCCCGGCUUCAACUGCACCACCACGCAGGGCAAGCUGGCCGUGGCGGGGCUGUUCCAGGGCCUGGACGUGCACCUGAUCCAGCCGAUGUCCCUGUCCCUCAUGUACGCGGGCGCCCCGCUAUCCAACGGCAGCCACGUCAGCCUGGACCCCAUGGAGAUCUCCACCUUCAGGCUGAAGCUGCGCUAGGCCCCCAUCCAUCCACCCACGCGUGGCCCCCGCCAGCCGGGGCCCACGGCGGGUCCCCCCCCAGCCGAGGGCUGGCCGAGCCGCCCAACCGGAGAACAAAAACUGUUUGUGUGUGUGUGUGCGUGUUUACAAAGGUGCAUGGUUCCAGAUCCGCAGAGCGCCUGAACUAGGCUGGCUCCGUCUCAGGACUGACUGGGAGAAAGGACGCCGUUCCCAGGGAAGGCGGCCAUCUUAGGAGCCAGAGGAGCCAGGGGUCUUGAAAAGUAAUGUAAGGCACCUAACAGUGAGAGGACUGUCCAGUCCAGUACUGGAGCAGGAAGUUCAUUUAUGCUACAUCUUUGCCUCGCUUUCUGCAUUCUCAAGAGAAUCUCUGUAGAAAUCCGUGUGAAUCUAAUCGCCUCAAUCUCGAUCAAGCUGGAAAUUUUGUAACUGAGCUUGGAUUUUGGAAUGAGGUUUAAAUUUUUAAUUUUUUUUUUAGCAAUUCAGUGAUGGACAUACUGUGGAACUGUCCUGAGUAAAUCUUACUUAGGACAGGGAUUUAUGAAGGAAAGAUGCAACAAGCUGGAAUUCUUCUGCAUUGCUGUAGCUGAACUAUUUUCCAGUAUCGCCGUUGCCUAAAUUCGACUUGUGACUCCUAAUCUUGAAAAGCAGCACUUUAUUCAGCUGACGUCAGGUGGUGGUAGUGCAGUAAAAGGAUAAAUGCUAUAGUCUUAAUUUUAGACUGAUUCAAUCACAUGAAAACUACAGUAAAUAAUCAAAUCCGCUACUGCCAAGUUCUGUUUAGAGAUGGCUUCCCCCCGCCCCCCAUCACCCAUUCAUGAUGUAACGGAUGAGCCUCACAAGCAGCCUUCUCUCACGUGCUUGGAUCCUGCUUGUGGAAUGUUCCGGAGCUCCUAACAAACUUGGCCUCGCAGGCCAUCUGGCCUGCUCGAGCUGCUUUGUCAACAAGCUACGACGGAAUCGAGCCGUCAGCCCGAGACGGAACACCCACAGCUCCGUUCGUCAUUCCGUACGCAGCACAUGACGAUACCUCGCGUUAAACAGGCGAAGAACUGUGGCGUGCGGUUGACUUAAACACUCCAGCAAAGAUGGGAGGGCACACAGGCGCAGUUUCAGACAGGGCAGCUCUCCCAGCUCACCUAGCCUAGCCUAGCCCUGCUAGCGCUAACCGGGCAUCGGGCUCCUUCGGGUGAUGUCAUCGGAGCAGGGGCGCUAACGGAGAGCCGAAUGUACGCUGGGCAUCCUGGCGGGGCGAGCCGUUGCACGCUGGCCCUGUGUCCUGUGCUGCACCCCCCCGUGUGACCCAUUUUGUAGAUACAUGUCUUUUGUAUGUGAUAAUGUUGUAGCUCUCGAUUUAAUUAGAGAAAAGUUCUGAUUUCGCCAUCCGUGUUCGAUUUUCUUUCCUGUGUAUUUAUUAAAAGCUAAAACGCAUAUUAAAAAAUAAAGGCAAUACCAGA